AUGGAUGUUCCCUUCGCGUCUUCGGGCGCUUUGAGCGCUGGUCAUUAUGCUCUAGUCAGAAAGGUCGAGCUUUCACAGACACUAGAAGAGGCGGAUGAACAUCUGCGGUCCGAAAUCCGAGCUAUACAGCGUCGAUUGACGCGACCAACAACUACUAAACAGGUCUAUGAGUACCUCGUAGUCCUGCUAUACUGUCACGACGCUCUGAACUCCGUGUUGGACCCCGGAGAACUGGAUUUCGCUUUGCCGCCCGCGCUCACUUUGGCCGAGGCAGGAAAGACUAUACGUGCUCAGCGUUUAGGAUACCUCUUCUGCGCGACCUUUCUUUCCCCGGAGCAUGAGCUUCAUCUUCUCCUCGUCAAUACGCUUCGAAAGCACCUCGAAUCAGACUCCCUCGGGCAUAUAUCCCUCGCAUUGGACCAUCUCAUUCAGGCUCCCAGCCACGACCUUCUAAUCGCGUCUCAAACUCGCUUGCGCCAGCUUCUCUCGCAUUCAUCACCUAUCAUUCGGCGUAAAGCACUGUACGCCAUCAAAGCUCUAGGUCGUGUCGACGCCUCUAUCCUUCAACACCUCGCUAUACCUGCAUCAAAGCGAGUGCGCGACGCCGAUGCCGCGGUCUCCGGUGCGGCUGUAGCUGUAUGCGAGGAUCUCGAUCAGCGCCGUCUGCUUGACGACCAACAGAAGACACACAUUUACAAGUCGCUGGUCCACUUUUUGAAGGCGUCACCCACGCCUGCGGUGGACCUUGUUGUGCAGAAGUUCUUGCGGUUCUACACCAGUACAGGAGCUCCGUUACAAGUCCUAGAGGCCGUUCGCCCAGUCCUACGAAGCGGCAUCCCACGCUCAAGAGCGACCAUCCUCGAGUGCUACAAGGUCGUUCAAGCUUCAAAGACCAACGACCUACUACAAGUUUUCAUGCCGCAAGCCCUCGUCCAGCCUGUCCAACCUUACCUCUCGUCCGGGGACGCCAACGAACAGGCCUUCUUCCUCGCCUGUCUAUCUUGCGUGGACCCGGAUGUCUGGGCCGGCACGGUUCCCGAGCGGCCGCUGCUCUUGGAUGCAUUGGAGGUGGAAAGGGUCGUGCAGCUUAUGGCGAGCCCCGAUCCUCUGAUACGGAUUCAGACAGCCCGUAUACUCUGCCGCGUCGACAACGAGAUCGUGCGCACGAGAUUCGACCAACUCCUGGAGAGCAAUACAUCGUCUCCCACAGUCGACGCUAUCGCUAUGCUGAUCGAAUUGGCGCUCGUACUUGCCGUGGGAGACGGGGCUGGUUUCGGAUCACUACUGUAUCAAGCGCUUAACACGCUUUCCCAAUCUCUGCUGGGUCCGGUCAUCGAACUCGUGUUAUCAACUCUGCGCUCUGAAGACGAGGACUUCGCUCGUGACGCAGCUACCGCCGUCCUAGCAGCAUUCACGACAAACGAACAAGCCGUCAACCCGACAUUCGUCGUCAUCAUCGCUUCACUAGUGGCGGAGUACGGCGAGUCUGUAUCCGUCUCACCUUCAUCGCUGCUCGACUCCCUCUCUGGCUCUCUGCAUCAGUAUACCGCCUCCAUCCAGGAAGUCAUCUUACUGGCUAUGGUGCGCGCGGCCUCGCAAUGCGACGGUCCCGUCUCUACUGCUACCGAACGAGUCAAGAAGCUCCAGGACACUUCAGGGCAGCAUAUCCGUCGAAGAUGUCAGCAAUACCUACGGCUUUCUGAGGAUCAAGAACUGCUGCGAGCAGUCGUGGGCCGCACGCAAUCGCGCUCGCUUCCUGAUCUCUCCGCGUCCAUAGAGGCGUGGUACGCGUCGCCCGAUUCACUUGUCGCCUCAACCAGCCGUCUCAAUAUCGAUACGGACGGUAUGAACGAUAGCAUUCUCACCGAGAAGGGGGAAAGUACGCCGAAGCGGCCCAGCAUCACGAGCGGGCAGCACGGUGCAUCUACUUCAAGUCUCAUCAGCAUCGAGUCGCCUUUCCUCUCCGACCCCGGCAGCGCCCAAUCACACAGCGGCACCUUCGAUCGCGCGGCAUUCACACAGACAUGGCAGAAUCCGACUGCGUGGACAGCUCGAGGGUGGUACGCCGAGCCCGGCUCAGAGAUCGUCAAGAAACUCCGGACACUCGGCGGUACGCUCGGCGUCGAGUCCACGGCGUCGAACGAUACAGAUCUCAUACUCGGGGAAGUAGCGGGCGCGGCGGGUACAUUGGCUAUGAAGAUCACGGACAAGGACGAUAUCGGAGGGUCUUUGUGGCAGCUGAAGAGCGAUGGUCAGGCGUUACAGAUGGAGGUCAAGAGGUUGCUGGAGACGUAG